CAACACUAGUAACAAAACCCAGCACUAUACAGUAUACACACAGACUUGCGAUUUUAGCGGAAAAAAAAAAUUGACAACGUGAAGCGUGAUUCUUCUCACUGAGAAAUUCAUACCUCUCAUCAUCUACGAUUGAUUACAAACAAAAAUCUCAACUUUUUCGUCCUAAUUGAUUCUUCAAAAUUGAUUCUUCAAAAUCAGUGAAUCUCCCAUCUAGAGCGACUAUAUAUUGGGCGAAUCUUCGUUUUUGAUAAAGAAGUUAUGGGCAUAUUCAAUAAAAAGGUUGUAACUGGGAUUACUUUACCAUCAGGGGAUAAGCUUUACACAGGGAGUAAAGACGAGCAUGUCAGGAUUUGGGAUUGUGCAUCUGGACAGGUUAAAAGGGAGUUUCACUUACCUACAGGAGACUUCCCCAAUGUGGAGCACUUCAGGGAGGUUCUCAGGGGUUAUAACUUCGACAAGUUCAAAAAAUUGAAACCACAAAAGGUACAAGCUGUUUAUGACAUGCUUGGCUAUGACAUCCCUGGUUGAAUUUUUUUAGCUAAAGUGCUUCAUCAAAGCGGAAGCUCACACAAGUCAACCCGGGCUAGCUCAAUAGGCAAGCAUUCUUGAAGUGGAUGGAUUUGCUUCUUUAUUAAUUGAGAGAAGCUUUAUUAGAUGAACUGAAGAUCCAUCUUUGCUGCCAUGUCUCUCUUGUUAAAGAGUCAGGAGACUAAGAUUAUAGGAUUUUUUUACCAGUUGGAGUUGUGGCCUCUUGGAAGGCUUAUUAUUCAUUUAACUAAUGGUUGUAUGCAUUUUGACAGUUAGUUUAUCAAAGAAAUGGGCGGGCAUAAUAGAUGAAAUGGGCAUUACAUGAAACAUGCCACUACAUAGAAUGAUUACAUAGAUUUAUUUCAGUGUUUGCAUGUACAUUAGUGCUAAUUAUUUUUUGGUGAAAACUUUAGUGCUAACUUACCAAGUGUGCUCUUCGGUUAAUUAUGUACUUGGCUCUAUAAAAUACUAUAUAAAUAUAGUAUUUAUUUCGCUUCGUUUGCUAAUCAUGAAGCACUCUAAA